AUACACUACCGGAUAUUCUACAAUGCUGCGUCUGCAAAAGACCAUGGAACACUCUAUGCGAAUAUGACCAAGUUGAAUGUUUGAUGACUUUCCAAAUCCAGUCAAUAUGGAUAUGUCUGGAUACUUCAUGAAUUCAUGUUCUUUGUUUGGGGAUGGGGAAACGCACUCCUGCCAUCAUGAAUUCAGCAGGGCUUUUCCUGGGGAGUUGUUUCAGUACAUAUGCCAGCUUGGCAUGCUGUGGGGAAUUUGGUGCAGCAAUGCUAAGCAAGGUCCCCAUACUGCAUAUAACGCAUACAAGGAGUUUGUCAUUAAAGACACAACUGCACUGUUCCUGGCAGCAGCAAUGGAGCACUUUGGGUUGCAGGAUCUCACAGAACACCCAGAGUCUUUUAUUCCAGAGAACAUCGUUGAUGAAUCACCAGACGUGAAGAGGACCUGGCUGCAUGAAGCAACAGCAAAGGUUACUGACCAAUUUGUGAUGCUCAGCGAUAUUCCGGAAACUGCUAGAGGUGUCAGCAAAGCAUCUGCUACACCUAUUCCCAAAAAACAGUUUCCUUGCCGCAUGGAGGGAUGCAUGCAGAUUUACAUAUACCUUAAGGCAAGGGAGACACACGAGAAGAAUAAACAUAACCUUGUGUUGCCUUCAGAGUCGAUGCCCAAGACCAGCACUCCCACCCAGUGUGACCACAUAAAAGAGCACACCAUGGCAAGACUAGGUUUUGGCUUCCUCCUACUUAAUGUACUGGAUGCCAUUAAAGAAGGUGAUGGUGGGAGAUUAAUGAGGCUGUACCAAGUUGCAUUGCUUUUUUACAAAGCUUAUGGACACACACACUAUGCGUACAGCACAUUCCUCCUCACCUUGCAGGUCAACGCUACACUAUCACCCUGCAUGGCUCACAGUGUGACAUGGAACCGUUUUUGGAAUGGUCAAGGUGGGAAGGGUAGAAACAUCCCCCUCGAUCUACACCUGGAACAUCUCAACAACUUCCUAAAAUCGUUCCUGAAAGGUCUUGGAGCCAACCUGAAUGAGCAGUCUGCAGCCAGAAUAAGCCAAUUUAUUGGAGUGCUGAGGGAGAUGGUGGACAACACUGAUUUAGAACUGAAGGUCACAAGGCAGACUGGCACCCAUCGAGUGCACGAACAGAGUGGGGAUGUUGUAGCGCUAGUCGCGAUUUUUAGGGAGGCAGAACUAUUUAAGGAACAAACAGGAAGGGAAUUCAGUGCGUUCCCAGGUUUCACAAAAAACCUUUUGGAGAGGCUGGACUACGGUGAAUUGUGGCGUUGGAUGAGGGGGAAAAAAUCAAAGACUGGAGAAGUGUGGCAAUCUGAGAACUAAGGGUGUGGGCAUCACGUUUACUUUGGAAAUAUGUGGAUGUCCGCAAAGAUUUUCUGAAAAUGUUAAAAGUGCUCAUAUUAUUCUCUUUUUCAGGUACAUAAUUG